GGAUCACUUACUUAAAACGUCUUGCAAAUUGCUCAAGGGAUUUAGUGCCUGAGAUAAGAAUGAAAGUAAGAAUGGUUUUGCAGUGUUUCGUCCUUCUGGUUUUCUUCCUCAGUAGUAACCAUGGACAUAUUGAGUUCAUUUAUACAACAGAGAAUGAAGUAAAAUUGUUCUGCAACACCAACAAAUGGCAAAUAAGCACAGUGUCUGAAAACAAAAUUGAUGUGAAUUGCACAGUGAAGUGUGUUCCUGGUGAACAGCUCAAACUUAACAAUAUCCAGAAAUUCUGUACAAAUGAAGAUUCAGAGAAAGUUGAGGAAAAAUGUCCACUAAUAGCAACCAGUGGAUUUUUUCAAUGUGUCACUGCUCUGGAUUCUCGUUUACUGUAUCCAUUCGCACCGUCUCCCAACACUGUCACCUUAUACAUAGUCGCCCCUGCAUAUGAAUCCAUAACAAACAAGUCUGUGGAAAGAUCUUCAGUCGUGCUCACUAAAGGUGAAGAUGUACUUUUAAACUGCAGUUUCAUCAUUACAGAAGAAUAUUCCAGCAUAUAUUUUGCUGUUUACUGGAUCAAGACCAUUGAAAAGAAGAGUAUCUGUGUGCAUUCUUAUGGUUAUAACAGAGAUACUGGUAUAAAUUACAAUCCCUAUUGCAAUGUGCAAGAAGAUCUGCUUCACAGGCUCUCAAACCAAACACCCAUAAGCAGAAGCACCCAUAACAUCAGGAUCAGUAACAUAACAGAGUCAGAUGCUGGACAAUAUCUUUGUGCUUUACGAGUGCACACAUAUUCAAAAACAAAAGUAAUGUGGAAGAUUAUAAAUAAUAUCACAGUCAAUGUAAAUAAAGGUCCUAAUAUAGCUGGAAACCGAUUGGAUGCUGAGUCUCUCAUCCGCUUAUGUGUUACACUGCCAAUAAUACUGGGUGUUCCGAUAGCUGUUUUGAUCGUGAAUUUAUGGAAAAAGAAUAAAGCCUCACCCAGAUCUCAAACCAUGGAACUGCAAACAAUCCAACAUAGAGAAGAAACUUCUGACAUGAACUUUGAAGCAUGAACACAACACAGCACUUAGGAAGAGUGAAUGUUCAGAAAAAGAACAUCACCCCAACAGUAAAAUAUGGUGGUGGUAGUGUGAUGGUCUGGGGCUGAUUUGCUGCUUCAGGACCUGGAAGACUUGCUGUGAUAAAGAGAACCAUGAAUUCUGCUGACUACCAAAAAAUCCUGAAGGACAAUGUGCAGCCAUCUGUUCGUGACCUCAAGCUGAAGCGAACUUGGGUUCUGCAGCAGGACAAUGAUCCAAAACACACCAGCAAGUCCACCUCCGAAUGGCUAAAGAAAAGCAAAAUGAAGACUUUGGAGUGGUCUAGUCAAAGACCUGACCUGAAUCCUAUUGAGAUGCUGUGGCGUCACCUUAAAAAGACAGUUCAUGCUCGAAAAACCCUCCACUGUGGCUGAAUUACAACAAUUCUGCAAAGAUGAGUGGACCAAAAUUCCUCAACAGCGUUGUAACAGACUCAUUGUUAUUAUCGCAAACGCUUGAUUUCAGUUCUUAAUGCUAAGGGUGGCACAAACAAUUAUUGGG